AUGUUAGGCAUCAGUUUUGAAUUUAUCCGCUUUGCCCAUGCCAAACGAGCCAAGAUCCUCAUUGCAGAUUUACAGUUGGGUCUGAUCGCAAUAUCGGUGAGCAUCUGGAACGAUGUACCGGAUAUCUACAUUGCUGGAGCUGGAGUCUUUGAGCCGAAAUGGUCAAGCUUCUGGCAAGAUCCCGAGAACGAGACUUACGACUCCAUUGCCAUCAAUGUGAACCAUCCCAUCAAGCUUACCCGCAUAGCAAUCCAAGCGCUUUUAAGCAGGGAUAAAAGAGGUGUUGUCUGCAUAAUUGGAUCCAUUGCGGGGCUAGCGGGGAACUACGCUGUUCCACUUUAUUGUGCAUCAAAGCACGCAGUGACCGGAUUCGUCCGAUCAAUGGUCCCAUGCGAAGAACUUGAAGGAGUUAAGAUCACUGCAAUAUGCCCUUGUUUGGUGAGAACCCCGCUUUGGACUGACCAGUCCGAACGAAUGGAACAAUUCAGUAUAGAUGAUGCAGAAACUGUCACCGCAGCUCAAGUGGGUAAGGCUAUGAUCACAUUGGUGGAAGAUGGCCAAUACAAGGGAGGAACAGUUUUAGAAAUCACUGCCUUUGGGACUCGAGUAAUUCCAGAAUGGAAUAUUUCACCACCACCUACCAAAUUUACUGGCAUUGUCUCCCAGACUGCUAUCGAUCGAAAUUUGGCGCCAAUAAGAGCACGAUUGAAGAAAGAGAGAAGAGCGCUAUUGUAG